UGAGUCCGAGACCCAAACCAAAUUAGAUUGACGCUCGGUUACGAAAAAGGGGCAGAUAAUACUUCGACUGGUCACGUGCUCAAUUACCGGGAAAUAGUAAGACCGCGUCCGAGUCUAGCGUCCCGAUAAUUACGGUAGCCAUACCAGAACUGCGUUUCAUUCUGAAAUUCUUCAUAUCGAAACUUUUUUGGACACCCAAGCUCUAAGCUUGCCCAACCCCACCACAAUCUUCAAGAUGCCUUCCACACACAAGAAGGAGAAGCCUUGGGAUACAGAUGAUAUUGACAAAUGGAAGAUCGAAGAGUUCAAACCAGACGACAAUGCCGGCGGGACCUUCGCAGAAGAAUCCUCAUUCGCAACCCUCUUUCCUAAAUACCGCGAAAUUUACCUCCGUGAAGCCUGGCCUCUAAUCACCCGCUCAUUGGAGAAAUAUGGCAUAGCAUGUACUUUAGAUUUAGUCGAAGGAUCAAUGACCGUCAAGACUACUCGGAAAACCUACGACCCCGCCGCAAUACUCAAUGCGCGCGAUCUGAUCAAGCUGCUCGCACGUAGUGUGCCCGCUCCUCAAGCAGUCAAGAUCCUCGACGACGGAAUGGCCUGCGACGUGAUUAAGAUCCGGAAUCUAGUCCGCAACAAAGAGAAGUUCGUCAAGCGGAGACAGCGAAUCCUAGGUCCGAACGGCAGUACACUGAAAGCGCUUGAGCUUUUGACGGAAUGCUAUCUGCUGGUGCAGGGAAAUACCGUGGCGGCUAUGGGACCAUAUAAGGGAUUGAAAGAAGUGCGGCGGAUCAUCGAAGACUGCAUGAACAACAUUCACCCGAUCUACCACAUCAAAGAACUCAUGAUCAAGCGUGAGCUCGCCAAGGAUCCAGAAUUGGCUGGCGAAUCGUGGGAUCGUUUCCUCCCGCAUUUCAAGAAGAGGAAUCUGAGUAAGAGACGUGUACCGCUCAAGGUCACGGAUAAGACGAAGAAGGUUUACACGCCCUUCCCACCACCACAGGAGAAGAGUAAGGUGGAUCUGCAGAUUGAGAGCGGAGAGUACUUCCUGGGCAAGCAAGCGCGGGAAAAGGCGCAGAGGGAAGAACGUAUGGAUAAGCAGCGGGAGAAGAAGGAGGAGAAGCUGAAGGAGAGGGAGAAGGAGUUUAAGGCGCCGAAGGAAGAGGGCGAGAAGAAAGAGAAGAAGAAGAGGAAACGGGAUCGCGAGGAAGGUGAAGAUGGAGAAGUCAAAAAGGACAAGAAGAAAAAGAAGAAGAAGGAGGUCCUCAAGGAGGAAGAGUAACACCGAGUACGUGUAUGGCUUGUUUGGCAUUUUGGCGACGGCGUUCAUUUUGGCUGGCGGUCUGAUCAAGGAAUUCGUGCGUUCUGGGAGAAGUUAUGUUCAAUAGCCAAGGGAAUGAUCAAGAUACCUC